AGCACGUGAUGACGCCUUUUUCGCCACCGUCUCGACUACUUUCGUUUCUUCUUAAGCCUUCAAGUUUUCUGUCUCCCAGCUCAUAAUCCAUCCUUCUCCUCUUUAAACUUUCAAUAUCCUCGAUCGAACUUGUCCAAGCUUCAAAGGAAGCUGCUAAGCUUGACCUGUCAAAAUGACAGAGAAAACAAAGAUCUUGGUUUUGGGAGCGACAGGAUACAUCGGAGGCUCAAUUCUCACAGAAUUGAUCGAUCGAGGCCUUGCUGAUUCGCAUGAGAUCUCAGCAUUAGUUCGAAAGCCUUAUCAUGCGUCGAUACUGAAGGAUCAAGGUAUCAAUCCGAUCAUUUUCAAGGAUCUGGAUGAUUUUGAUACGAUCCGCGAUGCUGCAAAGGAUCAUGAUAUUGUCGUUGCUGCUGCUUCGGCGAGACAUGAGGGGUGUGCGAAGGCUUGUCUGAUGGGCCUUGGUGAACGGCAGAAAUCUACUGGGAAAGUGAUGCAUUAUAUCCAUACAUCUGGGGCAAGCAUGGUUGGAGACUGGCCUAUAACCAAAAAGCGAGUCGACACCAAAGUCUAUUCAGACAAGCAUGACAAUAUCUUCGAGAUCGAGAAGGAAUGGCCAGAUUCUCUUAGUCCAGUACGGAAAGUCAAUCAAUUCGUAGUUGAUUGUGGUGAGCAGGAAGACGUCAAAACUUAUGUUGUUCCUCCACCCCUCAUUUUUGGCCCUGGAACUGGUUUCUUUACACUUGGAUUUGGCCAAGUCCAUAUGGUAGCGCAACUCGCUUUGAAAAAGAAACAAUCUGUCAUGAUCGGACAUGGUGAAGGAAUCUGGAGUCGCAUCCAUAUCAAGGACCUCAGCAAUCUUUACUAUCUGCUAACUCAAGCCGUGCUUGACGGCAAGAAAGAUCUACCAAAUGGCAAAGCAGGAUACUAUUUCACUGAGAACGGAGAUCAAUCAUGGAAAUUCAUCUCCGAAAAGAUUGGCUUGAUAGGUAAAGAGUUGGGAGUCUUCGACACGGAUGAAGUGGCAAGUGUCACAUUACAAGAGGCGGCUGAUGAAUUCUACGAUGGCGACUUGAUAGAUGCUGAGGCUGUUUUAGCUUCAAACGCGAGAACGAAGGCGGACAAUGCGCGUGAUGUUCUGGGAUGGACACCAGCAUUCGGAGAAUCGGAAUUUCACCAUGAGAUUAUUGACGUUGUCUCUAACAUGGCCUCGCAGGAGGACUGACGUACUUGUUUCUUCAACUUCCCACAAGGCGAAUUAGAGAAUGCAGCCAUGGAACCACAAUCGUCUUCCUACAUAUUAUAGCCGAGAAGGGUUGGGUGAUUUGCUCGCUUCGUUUGUGUGUUCGAAAAGGCAACCAAUGGAGAGCCGGACCUUUGAGUUUCAUUAUAAAUCAAGCCGCGUUUCCCACAAUCAAGAAGUAAGGCUGCGAAAUGGAAGAUCGGUUUAUCAGAUAAACUACUCGCAUAGGUCACUUGCAUUUUAGCU